GGGUCAAAGUUCCUCCGCCUCCUCCCCCACCCCCACCCGCUGCGCUCUCUUUCGAGAAAGCAGUCAAUCAUCGGAACAAUCACAUGCAGCCGAAAACCCUUAACCAUUUUGCCGUGCUAUAUAUUCCUCUAUUCCAUUUGGAAAGCGAGGAAGUCAUGCGGUGUUGGUGGUGAUGGACAUGAAGCGCAUGAGGAGGCCGCAGCAACCGACGACCGCCCCCGAUCCGGAGAGCGAGGGAGCCCUCCGGGCCUCCCCCACGCCGCCUCGCCUCCUGCGCCCGUGGCCCGCAUUCCUCCUGCUCGCCUCCCUGUUGGUCGUCGGCGCGGUCCUCUCCAGGGCCCAACGGAGCCUCUCGAUCGACAGCUUUCGCGCCGCUGCCAGGGCGGGUAGCGUCGGAGCGGCAUCAGGAGGUUUAGAGAAUGAGUCAUUUCCAUCCUCUCGUGGUCCAAAGGAUAAGCUUCUUCAUGGCUUGCUUGCUGCUGGGUUUGAUGAACAAUCCUGCCUAAGCAGGUACCACUCUGCAUUGUACUGGAAAGAAUCACCUCAUUUACCAUCUCCUUACUUGUUGGAAAAACUGAGAAAUUAUGAAGCUCUCCAUAAGAAAUGUGGUCCAAACACUGAAUUGUACAAGAAAUCUGUAGAACAGUUGAAAUCUGGUCGUGGCACCCAAUCAACAGAGUGCAACUAUGUCGUAUGGGUAUCAUACAGUGGCUUAGGGAACAGGAUGUUAUCAAUUGCUUCAGCAUUUCUAUAUGCUCUCCUAACAAACAAGGUCUUGUUGAUCGACCGUGGUUCUGACAUGGAUGACCUCUUUUGUGAGCCAUUUCCUGAAAGCUCAUGGCUUCUACCUCUGGAUUUCCCCAUCACUAAGUUUGGGACCUUUGACAUUAAGACACCUGAGAGUUAUGGAAACAUGUUAAAAAAUAAGGUUAUUAGCUACGGUGUUGAUGGUACUUCACCACAGUCUCUACCUGCUUACAUUUAUCUCCAUCUAUCCCACGAUUAUGGUGACCGUGAUAAGAAUUUCUUCUGUGAAGAUGAUCAGAAGUUCCUUCAAAAUGUUCCUUGGUUGUUGUUGAGGUCAAACAACUACUUUGUGCCGUCUCUCUUUCUGAUCCCAGCAUAUGAACAAGAACUAAGGCAGCUCUUCCCAGAGGCCGAUACUGUCUUCCAUCAUUUGGGACGCUAUCUUUUCCAUCCUACCAAUACCGUGUGGGGUUUGAUUACUAGAUAUUACCAAUCUUAUCUUGCGAAGGCAGAUGAAAGAGUGGGCAUACAGAUCAGAGUCUUUGAAACAGAUACUGGUCCCUUUCAGUAUGUGCUAGAUCAAAUUCUUGCAUGUUCUCAGAAGGAGAAGGUUCUUCCUGAUGUCAGUGGUCAAGAAACUGUGGUUUCGACUCCAAAUGUCAAAUCAAAAGCUGUGCUUCUGACUUCUUUGAACAAUGGGUACUUUGAGAAGAUCAGGAACAUGUACUGGGAGCAACCUACAGCCACCGGUGAAAUCAUUAGUGUCCAUCAACCAAGCCAUGAAGGAUACCAGAAGACGGAGAAGCAAAUGCACAACAUGAAAGCAUUGGCAGAGAUGUACCUCUUGAGCUUCACUGAUGUAUUGGUUACAAGUGCAUGGUCUACAUUUGGUUAUGUUGCCCAAGGUCUUGGUGGUUUACAGCCAUGGAUUCUGUACAAGCCCGAUAACCAGACAGCUCCAGACCCUCCUUGUCGUCGAGCCAUGUCAAUCGAACCUUGUUUUCAUGCCCCUCCCUUCUAUGACUGCAAAGCCAAGAAAGGUAUUGACACAGGAGCCCUGGUCCCACAUGUGAGACACUGUGAAGACAUGAGUUGGGGCCUUAAGCUAGUUAAUCAGGCUUAAGCGGUAGCCCUUACACUUGGAUUAGACAUUCAUCUUUGCAGUGGCACACUAUGGUGACUGGUGACUCCUGUUUUUUCUUUUUCAAAUAUAACCUAUCCUUGCAUGGUUUAGAAGACCUUGGCAAGAUGAAAUGCUCAUAGUGUAGAGAGUUUCUUGAGGUACUUCCACUAUCACUGAAGUAGGAAUGAUGUUAAUUCUGUUGCAUCUUGUAAGUAUCAGUUCUAUCAAUGUCAUAACCAUAUCAAUGUUGACUGUUUGA